AUGUUUGUCCAUACGUUGUUGGCAAACCUGUCCGUGGGGGAUGUGGCUGUCCGCGUAUCAUUCCUGCUGAGUGCCUUGUCAAUAGCCUGGGUCGUGUACCAGCGCUUCAUCAGCCAGCUGUGUUUCAUCCCCGGUCCUUUCCUCGCAUCCAUCACCCCCUGGGUGCAACUCUAUCACGGUCUGAAAGGCGACCGGCAUCUGUGGCUGCACCGCCUGCAUCAGAAAUACGGCACGCAUGUGCGCGUGGCGCCCAACUUUGUCUCGGUGAACACGGCGCGCGGCCUGCACGAUAUCUACGGGCACGGCAAGCGGCUGCGCAAGGCCAACUUCUACAACGCCUUCCCCGCCAUCAAGGGCGUGUACAACACGCACAAUGCAAUCGACAAGACGAUGCACGGGCGCAAGCGCCGCGUGCUGAGCCAGGCGUUCUCCGACCACGCGCUGAAGAGCAUGGAGGACGUGAUGCUGCUGCAUGUGCGGCAGCUGUGUGCGGCGCUGGCGGGCGGCAGCGCCGCGGGCCAGAAGGCCGUGUUCAACCUGGGCGAUUACUUCAGCUACCUGACGUAUGAUGUGAUGGGCGAACUGUGCUUUGGGAAGAGCUUUGACAUGCUCGUUUCGAGCGGGAAGCGGAAGCUGAUCGAGCUGGUGGAUCGGGCGGCGAAUCGGCACUAUGUGUGCGGACUGUGGAUGCCUCUGGACACGUGGCACCUGGACCAGAUCUUCAUCCACAAGCUGACCAACGAUCGGUGGAACUUCAUCAUGAACUCACGCGUGGAAGCCAACGCGCGCGCCAAGGAGCGCGCGCAGGCUGGCCGCGAGGCCAAGAAGGACUUCUUCUACUACCUGCUCAACGCCAAGGACCCGGAGACGGGCAAGGGCCUGACCACGCCGGAGCUCUGGGGCGAGGCCAACGUGCUGAUGAUCGCAGGCAGUGACACCACCUCGACGACCCUGUCCGCGACGCUGUUCUACCUGGUGCGCGACCCGCGCGCCCUGGCGCUGCUGCAGAAGGAGGUCCGCGACGCCUUCACCUCGGUCGAGGAGAUCAUCACGGGGCCCCAGCUGAACGAGCUCGUCUACCUCAAGGCGUGCCUCGACGAGGCCAUGCGCCUGGCGCCCGCGGUGCCUGGUGCGCCGCCGCGCGAGAUCCUGGAGGGCGGCGCCUCGGUCGACGGCGUGUUCCUGCCCGCAGGCACCGACUGCGGCACCCCGACGUACUCGGUCCAUCGGCAGGCGGAGUACUACCCGGAGCCGGAGACGUACAUCCCCGAGCGAUGGAUCGAGGGCGCGACAUGCAAGACGGCGACGGAGUCGUGGCAGGUCAGCAAGGAGGCCGUGGAGGUGGCGCGCCGGGCCUUCUGCCCGUUCAGCAUCGGGCCCCGCGGGUGUAUUGGGAAAAGCAUGGCGUUCAUGGAGAUGCGGCUGACGAUUGCGCGGCUAAUGUUCCUGUUUGAUUUCGAGCUGGCGGACCGCCGGGGCGAAGACGAAAAGGGCCAGUUGGCUCUGGUGGAUCAUUUCACCAGCGCCAAGUACGGGCCCAACGUGGUUGUUCGGAAAAGGGAAAUGUGA